UCAUCUGCUGUUUAUCGAGCGUUACAGAUCCAGGAAAGUUGGGGGCGAGGAAAGUUACUGCCUGGUCAACUUUUUGGCAGCCGUUGAGUUCUUGGAGCAUGUAGACAUGCAGGCAUUGGGUCUCGGAGAGGCGGAUCGAGUGAUGAGGUCGGCGUUCGACCUGUUUGAACGUUGAGAGCGAUGACACUGACCUACCUUGGAUGCCUAGCACCCACGAUCUUUCCCCGAUCCCCAUCGCUAAUACCAAUGACCCGUCCUCGCCGCUUCCCAUUUCUACACGAUUGCGAGGACGGGUAGAACAGCAGGUUGGGGGAUUGGCCAAUUCGGCUACCAAAGUCAUUUCUGGGGUUGGAGGCGUUGUUGAUUCAUCGUUUACUGCAAUAAGAGGGCUCCUGGGUCCAUCGGGAGAUUCGCAAAGCGCUCCUGCGGAUGAGAGCUCCAUUGGAGCAGGGCAAGCUAUCGUUUCUGCCUUAACUAGAUCUAGUUUCGGUCUCUUAAGGCGGGGAGCAAGCUUCUCCGUAGCCAGCGCAGUAAAGAAGGGUGAUCUGGAGGAAACUAGCGGUAGACAGCUGAUAGAAGUCCCAAGAUUUGGUCACCUCGAAGGUGCCAAGUAUCCUCCAAGUGAGGGUGAGCACAGCUACGACAGCCCAGAAGACGGUAAUAGCAGCGAAGAUGACGGCGGGGGAGACCCUCGUCUGGAACAUUCUUCUGUUCGCGAUCGUUCGGAUACUCGCAGCAUCCGGAGUUUCUCGUCCAUGCUGAGCAAGGAUGCUCAUCAUGAAGACAAGAAGGAAAGAAUAAGCUUGUCAGAACGACUGGCAAGUAUGUCAGCGUUGUCUCGAUUGACGCUCCGGCGCGGGAACCAUCCGCACAAGCACAAGGUUCCCACCCUGCUCCGAUCGAACGGAUAUCGCCACCGGACCCUCGAUUCUUGGAAUGUGAUGAGAAGGAUUUAAGAGUUGGUGAAAUUCCUGCCUUGCUCGCCGAUUACCGUCGCGUGGUAACCGCCUUGCGUGCUGUCGGAGGGUUCCAUGAAUAAAGUGUAAAUGGACAAUUGAUGCCCUGGGUGUGCCCAUGUGGUAUGAAUCUUGGUUUUACCUUGGAAUGCAUCGCUGCCGAGUUGGGAACAUCGAGUAUUAGAGACUACUUAUUCACACAGCGCAUUUAGGCGCCAGGCGUUCAUCG